CUGCCACUCGAGCUGAUGGCGGCGGCCGCGGGGGAGGACAGCGGCCUGGCGCCCAGCCUCGCCUCCGGGGCGCCCGCUCACGACAGCUUGUUACUUGAUGAUGGAAUAUGUUUUCCAAAAUGGAUGUUCUGGAAAAGAAGACGCUAUGUAGUAACUCUUAUGGCAUUCUUUGGCUUUUUGAACGUAUUUGCAUUGCGAGUCAAUGUGAGCGUGGGGGUUACCGCCAUGGUAUCCAACCGUCCAGGCCCCAACGGAACCAUUGGACCUGAAUUCAACUGGGACUCAAAAAUGCAAGGAUUAGCGUUAGGUGCUUAUUUCUAUGGAUAUAUUACUACUCAAAUUUUAGGAGGUUGGUUGGCAGCUCGAGUGGGAGGUCAUCGAUUGUUUGGAUUUGGAGUUGGAAUUACUGCCGCUCUUACUUUAUUGACACCUCUUCUUGCCAGAAUUAGUAUAUAUUUAUUUGUUGCCAUCCGAAUUAUUGAAGGUAUUUUUGAAGGAGUGUCUUACCCCAGCAUGCAUGAUGUUUGGGCUCAUUGGACCCCACCAUUGGAACGCAGCCGUCUGACUACUGUUGCAUAUUCUGGCAGUUACAUAGGCAUUGUAAUUGCUAUGACAGGAUCUGGAAUCCUUGCAGCUAAUGUUGGUUGGCCAUCAGUAUUUUAUGUAUUUGGUGCAAUUGGAGUUGUUUGGUAUAUAGGAUGGUUGAUGCUAGUCAAUAGAGGCCCCACAGAGGAUAAAUAUAUUGAUCCAAGAGAGUUGAAAUAUUUAUUGUCUCAUUUGGGACCUCAGAAGAAGGUCACUAAACAUCCAUGGGGUCAUUUCUUCCGCUCUCCUGCAGUGUGGGCCAUAAUUGUAGCUAAUUUUUCUCUGAAUUGGGGAUUCUAUACCCUUAUGACUCAGUUACCUAUGUUCAUGAAAGAUACGCUGGGUUUUGACUUAGAGCAAGCUGGAUUUUUAUCAGCACUGCCUUAUUUGAUUGUGGCAAUUACUAUGCAAAUUUCUGGACAAAUAGCUGAUUGGAUUUUGAUAAAAAAUAUUCUUACCACAACACAGGUUCGGAAAUUGUUCUGUUGCUUUGCUUUCAUAAGUCAGUCCUUUUUCAUGCUCUUGACAGCAUUUGUGACAUCACCUGCUAGUGCUGUUGCUUGUUUGUCUUUUGCUGUUGGUAUGGGUUCAUUUGCAGAAUCUGGAUUUUUUGUAAAUCAUUUAGAUCUGGCUCCACAACAUGCAAGUGUUCUGAUGGGAAUUGGCAACACAGCUGGUACCCUCCCUGGCAUUAUAAGUCCAACUCUUACUGGGUACAUUGUUACAAACAAGACACCAGAGGAGUGGAGAAUUGUAUUUUACAUAGCAAGUGGUGUUUAUUUUGGUGGUGCAAUUUUCUACAGUAUUUUUGCUUCUGGUGAGAGACAAAAGUGGGCAGAGGAGGUGGAGGAGGAAAGAGAAGAAGAGAAAUAUACAGAAGAGUCAUAUAUUAACAUAGUGUCAAAGAGAGGACAUUCAUAUACAAAUACUGCAUAUGUUGUAGAUUGAUAACUAUUUUUCUUUAGUUCUUUUAUAUUUUCGAAAGAUCUUGAUUUCAUUUUUUAUACACACUGUUAUUCUGUGUAUUAAAGAGAGAGUUAGAAAUAAGAUGUGUCUCUGUUAAAAAAUGUAAUUUUUGUUGUGUUUUCUUGUUUGUAGGACUAUUAAGAAUCUAAAAACUUCAUUUAGCAAUUAAAGUGAAAAGCUUUUUUUUCGCUGAUGUUUUGUUGAUGUAAUGACAUAAUUGUAAUAGAUUAAUUCAUUUUAAUUAAUUUGGGAACUACUUUUUGAAAUGUAUUUAUUCUUUUAAAAGAAAUCUCUUAAGUUGUAAUAUUCAAAUUUUGCCUUUUUAUAAAGAAAAAUGCUCCUUUAUGUAUAAUAAUAAAGUUUUCGGAAUAAUAUAAAAUCUCUGUGAAUGAAAAAUAGAAAUUAUGUUAAUGAUUUAUUCGUAUUUAGUAGGAAGUGAAAUUUACAGGAAGUGACUACUGGAGAUCAUAAUAUUCUGUACUUGUUAUUUGUUUACUGUACAGUAUUGUGUUCAUAAAAUUGUUUUUUAUUAAUACAUUUUUUUACAAAGUAUAAUGUUUUUUACUGGCUCCUAACCAAUUAUUAUUGAACCCAAGACAAUUGUUCAUGAAAAAUGCAUCAUGAAUUUAGUUUUUAUCAUUACAAUCUCAAUUUUGUAAAAUUGAUUGUCUUUGUAGAAUCUUAUGAAGUGAACACAAAAAAUUGAAAAUUGUAAAAAACCUGUGAAAAAAAUAUAAGCAUGUUCAAG